GGCUUUGUAUGAACCUAGAAGUGUCUAAGACGAAAUUUAUGUUGUACUAGUAACAACAAUUACUCAUUAAAUCAGAUAAAAUUGAAAAAGGAUACAAUCCAAAAUCUGAUGAAGACAUUUGUCUCUAGAAGUGUCUGGACCAUUCAGGCAAUAAGUGAUUGCCACGUUGGCAACAAAGAAAUCUUCAUUGUGUGGAUGUCAAGAAUCCUUAGCUAAUCUUAUAGAGAUAUGAAUUUUUGUAUAUACUCAAUUGUGUCACACUAUAAAUUCAUUUCCUUUGGAAAAAUUUGCUCAUUUUCCAAAACACCACACAUUUAUUUGCAUUACACUUCUCUAUCUUUGCAAGACAACACAAGACAAUAGUACAACUAUGGCUGCAUCAGUCUCUGUUGUUGGAUCUAUCUGUGGAACUCAUUUGAGCUUAAAUAGCUCUGGAACAGUAGCUUCAGUUCCAAGUUCAUCAUUCUUUGGAACCAGCUUAAAGAAAGUUACCUCAAGAAUUCCAUACACAAAGGUUUCAUCUAUAAGUUUCAAAAUUGUUGCUGCUGCUGAGAUUGAUGAGAGCAAACAAACUGACAAAGACAGAUGGAGAGGUUUGGCCUAUGAUACUUCAGAUGAUCAACAAGAUAUCACAAGAGGGAAGGGUAUGGUUGAUUCAGUUUUCCAAGCACCAGCAGAUGCUGGAACUCAUUAUGCAGUCAUGAGUUCUUAUGAGUACAUUAGUGCUGGACUUAGACAGUACAACUUUGACAACACAAUGGAUGGUUUUUACAUAGCUCCUGCUUUUAUGGACAAGCUUGUUGUGCACAUCACCAAGAAUUUCUUGACCCUGCCUAACAUCAAGGUUCCUCUCAUUCUUGGUAUUUGGGGAGGUAAAGGUCAAGGAAAAUCUUUCCAAGCUGAGCUUGUCUUUGCCAAGAUGGGAAUCAACCCAAUCAUGAUGAGUGCUGGAGAGCUAGAAAGUGGAAAUGCAGGAGAACCAGCAAAACUAAUUCGACAAAGAUACAGAGAAGCAUCAGACAUAAUAAGAAAAGGGAAAAUGUGUUGUCUAUUCAUAAACGAUCUUGACGCAGGAGCCGGUCGUUUAGGCGGAACAACACAGUACACUGUAAAUAACCAAAUGGUAAAUGCAACACUUAUGAACAUUGCUGAUAAUCCAACAAAUGUUCAAUUACCUGGUAUGUAUAACAAAGAAGAGAAUGCGCGUGUUCCUAUCAUCGUUACUGGUAAUGAUUUUUCAACAUUGUAUGCUCCUCUUAUUCGUGAUGGUCGUAUGGAGAAAUUCUAUUGGGCGCCUACAAGAGAGGAUCGUAUUGGCGUUUGUAAAGGGAUUUUUAGACAUGAUAAUGUACCUGAUGCAGAUGUUGUUAAGAUUGUUGAUACUUUCCCUGGUCAAUCCAUUGAUUUCUUUGGUGCACUAAGGUCAAGAGUAUAUGAUGAUGAAGUGAGAAAGUGGAUUUCUAGUGUUGGUAUUGAAACCAUUGGGAAGAAGCUUGUGAACUCAAAAGAAGGACCUCCAACUUUUGAUCAACCAAAGAUGACUUUAGAGAAACUUUUGGAGUAUGGUAACAUGCUUGUACAAGAACAAGAGAAUGUGAAGAGAGUCCAAUUAGCUGAUAAAUACUUGAGUGAAGCUGCUCUUGGUGAUGCUAAUAGUGAUGCUAUCAACAGUGGAACUUUCUAUGGCAAAGCAGCUCAACAAAUAAAUCUUCCUGUUCCUGAAGGUUGCACUGAUCCAAAUGCCAAAAAUUUCGACCCAACUGCUAGAAGUGAUGAUGGAACAUGCUUAUACACAUUUUAAUAGUCUAAGCAUUAGGUGAAAUAAUGAGAAGCUAAAACUUGUGAUAGAUAAUCGAAUAAUUUUACCAUCUUGUUAAAAUAUUGGAUUGUUGUGCUCUAUAGUUUUGAGAUUUUUGUGGACUAUGUAAUCGGAUUGCUCUAUUUAUGAUAUGAUUGAUACGAGCAAAAUUGAUUUUGAAUGAACAAAUUCUCGUAAAAAUUGAGUCGAA